AUGGCCGACAGCUCGACGCACAGCGAAAGGUGCCGCAUCGCCGGAAUUGAUGUGGGUGCAAUUGCGCUUCUCUUGAAAGCAGUCAUCUUUCUUUGCAUCAUAGGUGCCGCGGUAUCUUCCCGGUUAUUCUCAGUUAUACGUUUUGAAAGUAUCAUUCAUGAGUUUGAUCCUUGGUUUAACUUUAGGGCAACUAAAUACUUGGUUACCCAUACCUUUUAUGAGUUUUUGAAUUGGUUUGAUGAUCGUACUUGGUAUCCUUUAGGACGUGUCACAGGAGGUACUUUAUACCCUGGUUUAAUGGUUACUGCUGGUGUAAUUUGGCAUACUUUAAGAGAUUGGUUAAAAUUACCCGUUGAUAUCCGGAACAUUUGUGUUAUGUUGGCACCAGCAUUCUCUGGACUCACAGCUUAUUUCACAUAUCUUUUGACAACAGAAAUGAAGGACUUUUCUGCAGGGUUACUAAGUGCACUUUUCAUGGGUAUUGCUCCAGGCUAUAUUUCAAGAUCAGUGGCUGGUUCUUAUGAUAAUGAAGCUAUUGCAAUCACCCUUUUGGUUGCCACCUUUUAUUACUGGAUCAAGGCAAUCAAAGUUGGUUCCAUUUUCUUUGGAACUUUAACAGCCUUAUUCUACUUUUAUAUGGUCAGUUCUUGGGGUGGUUAUGUUUUCAUUACUAACAUUAUCCCCUUGCAUGUGUUUGUAUUGAUCUUGAUGGGUCGUUAUGAUAUCAAAAUCUAUACUGCUUACACUACUUGGUAUGCCUUAGGAACGUUGGCUUCAAUGCAAAUUCCAUUCGUUGGAUUCUUGCCAAUCAGAUCCAACGAUCAUAUGGCUGCCUUGGGUGUGUUUGGCUUGAUUCAAUUGGUAGCCUUUGGUGAUUACAUCAAAGCCCAUGUCCCAUCAAAACAAUUCAAAUCAGUCUUGACGUUUUCUAUUGUUUUACUUACUUUAUUGGGUAUCGGAGGAUUGUUUGGUUUAACUGCCUUAGGAUUAAUUGCUCCUUGGACUGGACGUUUCUAUUCUCUUUGGGACACUAACUAUGCUAAGAUCCAUAUUCCAAUUAUUGCUUCGGUUUCUGAACAUCAACCAACUGCUUGGCCAUCUUUCUUCUUUGACACUAAUAUGUUGAUCUGGUUAUUCCCAGCUGGUAUCUACUUCUGUUUCCAAGAAUUGAGAAAUGAACAUAUUUUUGUCAUUAUCUAUUCUGUUUUAUGCUCUUAUUUUGCCGGUGUCAUGGUUAGAUUGAUGCUUACUUUAACACCAAUUGUCUGCGUUGCUGCAGCAGUUGCUCUCUCCAAGUUGUUUGAUGUUUAUUUGGAAGUUGUUGAUGAUAUUCGUAUUACUACUGCUACCAAGACCUCUUCAAUUGAAGUGUCUGAAUCCGUUGCUUCAGAUACCACCACCUCCCCCAAAAAGGCUGGUGCUGCCAACUCCAAGUCUUCUGGCCCCACCGCUACUCCAGUUUCUAUUAAGAAGCAGAAGAAGACAACAUCAACGACUCAAUUACCAAUUUUCAAAUUGGCAUCCAAAGCACUUGUUGUGAUCUCCUUUGGAUUCUACUUGUUCUACUUUGUUAUGCAUUGUACUUGGGUAACAUCCAAUGCUUAUUCAUCACCUUCUGUUGUCUUAGCUAGUAAAGGUGCUGAUGGUUCUCAAAACAUCAUUGAUGAUUAUAGAGAAGCAUAUUACUGGUUAAGAAUGAACACGGACGAAGAUGCACGUGUGAUGUCAUGGUGGGAUUAUGGUUACCAAAUCGGUGGUAUGGCCGAUAGAACUACAUUGGUAGAUAACAAUACUUGGAACAACACCCACAUUGCUACAGUUGGCAAAGCCAUGUGUAGUAGUGAAGAAGUGUCCUAUGAAGUAUUACGUCAACAUGAUGUUGAUUAUGUAUUGAUCAUAUUUGGAGGGUUAUUAGGAUUCUCUGGAGACGAUAUCAAUAAGUUUCUUUGGAUGAUUAGAAUUGCCGAGGGGAUUUGGCCCGACGAAAUCAAAGAGAGAAACUUUUUCACCGAUAAAGGGGAAUAUAAAGUCGAUGGUGACGCUACAAAGACAAUGAAGGAUUCCCUUUUGUACAAGAUGAGUUUCUAUAGGUUCCCUGAGUUGUACGGUGGUAGAGAAGCAAUCGAUAGAGUCAGAGGACAAACCAUUCCAAAGGAUGCGGUUCCAAGUUUGAGUGUAGUUGAAGAAGUAUUUACGUCAGAAAAUUGGAUGGUAAGAAUCUAUAAAGUCAAAGACUUGGACAACUUGGGUAGAGAUAUGUUGAAAGCCGCUGACUCCGAUAAUAAGGGACCUCAACUUUCUAAGAGAAGAUCAGCAAAAAAGCCUGCUUUGGAUUUAAGAGUUUAA